GUCAUGGACAUAGGAACUGCGAUUCUGAUUAUUGGUUUUGCUGCUUUGGUUGCAGCUUUUUGUUUGUUGGUCAUCGGAUUGGUGUUUUCAGAGGUAAUGAACUCUGAAAUUCCUCCUGGAGUUAGUAAUCAUGGAAAACUUCACCUUUUGCACUGCUGGAUGGUUGGGAUAGCAGUCGGGGGUCGUAUCUUCGAGCGCCUGGGUUUGUGUCAUCAGGUGAAUUUUACUCGAUGGUGUCUGGAUCACUUAAUUGGCCGUAAACGCCCCCCUCCUGCUGGACUCCGCAUUAAAGACUCAACCUUUGCUGGAGUGCCAGUGAGGAUCUACGAGCCCACAGCUGUUUCAGAACACAAAAGACGAGGACUCAUGUAUUUUCAUGGAGGAGGAUGGGUCAUUGGCAGCAUUGACUUGUAUGAUCAAGUUUGCCGGCACAUUGCAAAAGAGAGUGAUACUGUUGUCGUAUCUGUUGGUUACAGACUCGCUCCUGAGCACCGGUUUCCUGCUGCAUUGGAUGACUGCGAGCUCGCUACGGAUCAUUUCCUAUCUGUGGCGGCUGAGUUCAAUGUGGACCCACUCCAUGUGGCACUGGGAGGAGACAGUGCAGGCGGUAACCUGGCAGCCGCUCUCAGCCAGAGGCUGGCCACAAGCCCGGAUAGGCAUCUGCCAUCACCCUGUGCCCUCGUCCUCAUCUACCCGGCUUUGCAGAUGGCCGAUUUUAACCUGCCCUCUUAUCAGCAGAACCAUGCUGUGCCUGUAUUGUUCCGUGCUCGUGUAGCCUUCUACUUCCUCCAGUACCUAAAUGGUGACAUGUCUGUGUGCCAGGAUGUGCUCGAGGGCAGACAUGUUCCCACCGAGCUAAAACUGCACUACAGCAAGUGGCUAGACCCCUCGAACCUCCCACUUGAAUUCCAGGUUGGCACCCGAAAGCAGGUAGCGAUGGCUCAUGACGGUGAAGUGUAUCACAUCGUUAAAGAUGGCCUUGAGCCAGGGAUUUCACCUUUGCUCGCUGAGGAUGAAGUGCUCCGCCGCACACCUCCCACUUUUAUCCUGACCUGCCAGUAUGAUGUGCUGAGGGAUGAUGGGAUUCUGUUCAGGAAGAGACUACAGGAUCUGGGAGUCAAGGUCACAUGGUAUAACGUCCCUGAUGGCUUCCAUGGAAUUAUGAACUUGUUUAGCAAGGGCUGGUUAAGCUUCCCUGCUGCAGAGAGGGCCAUGGAGCAGAUUAUCAGCUACAUAAAGACACUCUGA